AUGACUAUAUACUUCAAGCACUAUAAGAACACUCGCGUUGUACUUGACUGUACAGAGGUAGCCCUGGAGAGGCCAAGUGACUUAACCUCACGGCUGCUUACGUACAGUCAAUAUAAAAGGCAGUACACCAUAAAAAUACUGAUUGGAUGUUCCCCAAGCGGUAUGAUCUGUGUAGUCGGACAAGGGCAUGGAGGUCGUGCCUCUGAUUCACACCUUACAUCGCAGUCAAACGUGCUUGACAUGUGUAUGCCUUAUGUGGACCACGUCAUGGUGGACAAAGGCUUCUUAAUCGAAACUUUGUGUGACGAUGCAAGAGUGAGAAUGGACAGACCCCCGUUUCUGAAAAAACGGCGUCAGAUGGAGGAACGCGAAGCACUUCAAAACCAAGCCAUUGCAAGAGCGCGGGUUCAUGUGGAAAGGGUGAUCCAGCGGCUCAAAGCAUAUAAGAUCCUGCAACAGAAGUUCCCUCUCCAACUUCUUCCUGUUUUUGAUAAGGUAGUUUUACUGCUUGCUGGUGUCGUCAACUUGUCCAGGCCUAUCCUGGCUGAAGACAAGUUUCUGCCAAACUGCUGA